UCUCAAGAGAAAUGGAGAAGAAAAACCUAGCUAAGAGUGCACACUGUUUGGUGUUAGCAUAUCCACUUCAAGGUCACAUAAAUCCCAUGAUUCAGUUCUCCAAGCUAUUGGAACAUCAAGGGGUGAGAAUAACACUUGUCACCACUCGUUUCUACUGCAACAACUUGCAAAAAGUGCCACCUUCUAUUGCACUUGAAACCAUCUCUGAUGGGUUUGACGAAGGUGGGCUCACAGAGGCUGGGAGCUACAGGGCCUAUUUGGAUCGCUUUUGGAAAGUUGGGCCAGUGAGUUUUGCUGGGCUUCUUGAGAAACUUUGUGAAUCAAAAAACCAUGUUGAUUGUGUUAUUUAUGACUCAUUCUUCCCUUGGGCACUAGAUAUUGCCAAGAGAUUUGGGAUAAUGGGGGCUGUUUUCCUCACACAAAAUAUGAGUGUCAAUAGUGUAUACUAUCAUGUUCACUUGGGAAACCUACAAGUUCCCCUCACACAACAUGAGUUUUCCCUUCCUGCAUUGCCUAAACUUCAGCUUGAGGACAUGCCUUCUUUCUUCCUUUCGUAUGUAGAACAGCCAUAUAUUCUUGAUUUUUUUGUGGAUCAGUUCUCCAAUUUAGACAAAGCUGAUUGGGUUCUAUGCAAUUCAUUCUACGAGCUGGACAAAGAGGUAACAGAUUGGAUCACGAAAAUUUGGCCAAAAUUUAGGAACAUUGGACCAAACAUACCCUCUAUGUUCUUGGACAAGCGAUACAAGGAUGACCAUGAUUAUGGUGCUGCACAAUUCAAAAGUGAAGAAUGCAUAGAAUGGCUUGAUGAUAAGCCAAAAGGAUCUGUUGUUUAUGUAUCGUUCGGAAGUUUAGCUAUGUUUGGUGGAGAGCAAAUGGAGGAAUUAGCUUAUGGUUUGAGGGAGUGUUCGAGUUAUUUUCUGUGGGUGGUUAGAGCCUCUGAAGAGAAUAAGCUCCCCAAAGAUUUUGAAAAGAAAUCAGAAAAGGGCUUGGUAGUAACAUGGUGCUCGCAGUUAGAAGUUUUAGCUCAUGAGGCUAUAGGAUGCUUUGUGACACAUUGUGGUUGGAACUCCACGUUAGAAACUUUGUGUUUAGGAGUCCCAACAAUUACAAUACCAUAUUGGUCAGAUCAAACUACAAACGCAAAGCUUAUGGCAGAUGUUUGGAAAAUUGGAAUCAGAGCUCCGACUGCAGAAAAAGAUUGUGCGAAGAGAAACACUAAAGCAUUGUAUAAAGAAAGUAAUGGAGUUGGAGGAAGGCAAAGUGAUGAAGAGUAAUUCCAUUCAAUGGAAGAGUUCGGCUUUAAGAGCCGUUGGUGAAGGUGGAAGUUCUUAUGAAAGUAUUGUAGAAUUUACAAAUAAGUUGUUUUGUUCUCAAGUUU